AUGCAAAACUUCACAGCAAUUUAUGUUCCGGGAUCAUUGUUCGAUAAAAACGAAUUAAAAUGGAAUCUGAGCGCUUUGAAUAACCCAUUAUGUGAUCUGAGACGUGAAAAGCUGUUGAAACUUGAUGGCAUCAAUUCAUUAUUUUUAUAUGUUGGUUCUGCUGGCUCAUCAUUUGGUCUGCACGAAGAAGAUCUGUACUUGCCGUCAAUUAGUUAUUUGCAUGAAGGUGGCCCAAAAGUAUGCGUGUUGACAAAACAUGGCAUUAAAGUACGACACGUGGAACAACAAGUUGGCCAAUAUAUUGUCACCAUUCCAAACUCAUUUUACUACGGAUUUAAUAUGGCAGAUAACCUCGCUGAAGCAACAAAUUUUAGCUCUAAAAGUUGGUUGUUAAAUCCUAAGAUUCUGAAAUUCAAACCAUGUGCGUGUACGGAUGAAAAUGUGGGGUGGCAUUCUAUUGGUGUUCCACUUCAAUACGUUGGGAAAGAAUGUGAAAUGAAUGGUGAUGAACGAGCAUUUGGUCCAACAAUAAUCUAUAUGAUCGAUUUCUUGCAUGAUAAACCACAUGUGUUCAUUUGUCCAACUCAUGACUCAUUUCCAUUCAUUAUUCAAGUUAUUGACAAAAUCAAAACGGAAGUUGAUGAAAAGUCCCCCAACAGAGACUUUUUCGGUAAUCUUAUCAAUUGUGUACUCGAUGAUUUAAUUCCACAGAUUGAAGAUUGA